CUGGUAGCAGUAGCAGGUCUAUAAAAACCUCGCCACUUGCUCGCUCAGGGUGUCAGACAGACGUAGCCACUUACCGAGAUCUGAGCUUUUGAGGAUUGUACAUAUCACACUUCAUACAGGAGCUAUUCACCAUGUCUCACGGCUGGGGCUACGGACCUACCAAUGGACCAGACAAGUGGAGUGAGGGCUUCCCCAUCGCAAAUGGACCAAGGCAGUCACCUAUUGAUAUCAUCCCUGGCCAGGCGCCUCACGACCCUUCUCUGAAGGCACUCAAACUUAAAUAUGACCCUGGCACCUCUCAAAGCAUUUUGAACAAUGGUCAUUCCUUCCAAGUUGAUUUUCUGGAUGAGGAAGACAAAUCAACUCUGACUGGAGGGCCCAUCACAGGCACAUACAGACUGAGGCAGUUCCACUUCCACUGGGGGGCCAGUGACGACCGUGGCUCUGAGCACACAGUAGCCGGCACCAAGUUCCCCUGUGAGCUCCAUUUGGUUCACUGGAACACCAAAUACCCCAGCUUUGGUGAAGCUGCCAGCCAGCCCGAUGGCCUUGCUGUGGUUGGAGUAUUUUUGAAGAUUGGUGCUGCCAACCCAAACCUUCAGAAGGUCAUCGAUGCUAUGGAUGCCAUCAAACAUAAGGGUAAGCAGACACCAUACCCAGCCUUUGACCCCAAAAUCCUUCUGCCUGGUUCCCUGGAUUACUGGACGUAUGAUGGCUCCCUGACCACACCCCCACUUCUGGAGAGUGUCACCUGGAUCGUCCUCAGGCAACCAAUCAGCGUCAGCCCUGCCCAGAUGGCUAAGUUCCGAAGCCUGCAGUUCUCUGGCGAGGGAGAGGCUGGCUGCUGCAUGCAGGACAACUACAGACCCCCGCAGCCCCUGAAGGGCAGGAAGGUCCGUUCCUCCUUCAAGUAAAAAAUGUCCACCGCCAUUCUCACCUUAGACCACCUGUGAACCAGCCAGAGUGCCCUAGAACCAAGCCAAUUUAGGCAUUUCUUUUUAUACUUGCCCCAUAGAUACAUCUAUCAUGUUACUGGCAAGGAUGAAAAGCACUGAUGUCAUAGCUUAGUUUGCCUUUGUUUCCCUUUUUUUUAGUUUUACUGAAUGUGCUUUUAGAUGCCUGUUCCAUGUCUGUAAUUGUAUUUUGUUUCUCAAGGUAUGUAGAAUUGGAUGUUUUUGAAAUAGUUUAUAUCGUUUUGAGUCUGAAAAUCUGGCAUGUUACGAGUGGGAAACAGUAAAACCGCUAGAUAUGAAGAGAAAAAUUGGUACAAAAAUAGCACGAUGCGGCUGAUGAAAUAUCUGCUGGCAUGGCCAUGUGCCUCAGUGCUUUAUCCUGACCCUCCGUAAUCCCUGAGGGGGCAAAUGUGAGGCUCACAUCAGAUUAACGUUGUGGCUCUGCCAAUUUUGGACGUGGCCUUUUUUUUCCCAUUCAGUAACUGUCAGUGGAGGGCACUUAAUUCAUCCUCAGACCAUCUUUGUAGUCACUUCAUGUGCUCUCCAGAUUGAAAAUAAUAGGUAGCUAUGAUACAUCUGCCUACGGGGCUUUAAACAUAAUAAUUGCUGGACUCUCCAAGUGAUCCUUUUAAAAAGUGUUCCGUGUGUCUUAAACCAUGAUGCAAGAGUAAGGGGGAGAAUGUGUGAUGAAUUCGAGAAGCUGAGUCUUAUAUACACAUGCAUACGAAUUUUACUGAUUGUAGUAUUAACAUAAAACAAACAAGGACUUUUAGGUGUUAAUGAUUACUUGUGUUUUAGUAUUUUGGAGUAUGUAUGGCAAUAGUAGAUACAAAUUGCUAUCUUUGGUGAGACAUUUGAUUUUAAUCAGUCAAUAUUGUGAGGAAAUAUAAACCUGUCUUUGUGCAGUGUUUAUACAAUGAAAUAAACCUUGCCAAUAAAGGAAAUCUAUUUUAUGAAAA